UUUCUGACCGAUUAUAUUGAUGACUCUCUAAUAAAGAUGACGAAAAGGAAAUUCCGUUUAAUGCUCAUUAUCAUGGCCCUCUUGAUUGCUGCGCAGAUGCCCUUCGACGAAAAUGAGACAGAUUCCAUCGACUCCGGAGGUCUCCUAACCUUUGUGACCAUAGUCACUGUGCUGACACUAUAUCUGAACACAUUUAAAGGUCUGACACACAAAUCAUAUGUCAUCGCUUCCACAACUCUUUGCCUCUUUGGCAACGUUGCAUUCUUCCUGCUGAAAACUUGUCGCUCCCAGAUGCCAUCGCGAGAAUCGGUGUCCAGCCUCAUUUUCAACUUCGUUACUCACGUAUUUUGUCCAAUAAACGGAGCCACAAACUAUUUGAUAAGUUUGAUCUUUCUUGUCGCCUAUCUCUCGCAGAUCGUUACAAACAGAUCCACAGCAGUGAGCGGCAAGGCCCAGGGCGAAUAUCUAGUUGAAGACAGUCUUACUACCAUCUUUCCCAUUCUUUCGAACAUUUUCCUCUGGAGCCUGGUGAUCUUUAUUGGGACAUGGCUCAAAUAUAUGAAUAGUCUACGCUUGAAAGCAGCUUUUCUCUGUCUGGGUCAGGGAGUACAGGCGCAAUCGGCUUGUCAUAAGGCAGUGAAUGAGCAACGCCAAUGGAUCGAGGCAGUUGUGCCUUCUCAGGUCACCCGUGAAUAUUGGAAAUUGAGAAAGGCAAAGGAAGAGCUCGGUUCAAAGAUGUGGGUAUAUUGCAAGAUCUUCGAAAAUGUAUCUAUUCUGUUCGCAGACAUCGUUGGUUUCACAAAGAUGAGCUCAAACAAACAGGCGUGUGAGAUCGUACGGCUUUUGAAUGACCUGUUCAACCGGUUCGACGACCUUUGUGAGCAAACGAACUGUGAAAAGAUUGGAACCCUAGGCGAUUGCUAUUAUUGCGUUUCAGGUUGUCCCAUUCCAAGAUCUGACCAUGCCGCCUGCUGCGUUGAGAUGGGUCUAGGCAUGUGUCGAAUCAUCAGAGCGUUUAAUCGCGAUUACGGAGAAGACGUUAAUAUGCGAGUUGGUGUACACACUGGUAGAGUUAACGCAGCCAUAAUUGGAAAUCGGAGGUUUCGUUAUGACGUCUUCUCAUAUGAUGUGAUCAUCGCUAAUGAAAUGGAGUCGAGUGGGCAGCCGGGUCGAGUGCAUAUUUCAGAGACAACAUUUCAGCAAAUCAACCUGCUUUACAAUGUGGCAAAGGCUGAGGAUGUGUUAAUUCGCAAAGAGGAGAUGUCUGGAAUAGCUGGCAUGAUAUUGACGAUGAUUCCGAUAAAGACUUAUUUCGUAGACCAGCGUUCUUCUGUGCUCCGUCGGAAAAAUGAGUGCUACGGAAAAAAACGAAGCGGAUUCCGCGUAAUAGGAUCGCGGAACAGUUCUGACGGAGACGUUGAAAGAAAAGGUGGGGAAGAAAAUGCACUAAAAGAGUCAGCUGAAGAAGAUAUGAGUAGGCUUGGAGAAGAGAAUUUAGAUUGGGAAGACGAGCUUGAAGAACAAGAAGGCCUUGUGCCGAAAAGCUCCACUGUUGAAAAGAAGAAAGCAACUAAAAUAUACGCCAAGGAGAACCUCUGGGAUAGCGAAAAAAACGAGUUUAUGCAACGUAUGAAAGCUACUCGUGCUGAAUUCAACCGAGAUAAGCAACUUAUCGAGGCCCUACAAAGUGAUCCUUUUCAACAAAUUAAAAAAUUGUGCGAUUUACCAGUUGACUCGCUUACAAACCGGUUUCUUGACCCAGAAUUAGAAUGGCAUUAUUUAAUAGACACGACUGAGUGUGUAAAGCCUUCGCAUGUGCACUCCAUAAAGUUGGCGCCUUUACUCGACGCAGCCAACUCAGCACUACUAUAA